AAAACUUUAUCAACUUUUGUCUUAACCAAACUUUUAAUCUUUUUUCUUAAACCUUUUUUUUAUUUGUUCUUUUUGUGUAGUUCUGGAUCGUAUCCAUAACCUGGGAGAGAAACUGUGAAACCUCAGAUGAUUACUUCUUAAACCUGAAACCCUCUAGUCAUUUACUAAAAAGAGUGAUUUUUGAGGAACAGACACAAACCUAAUGGGCUCAGAACAGCAUAGGUUUCUUCAGCAGCAUGAACAGAGGAAAAGGUGGGGAGGCUGUUUGCGAGUGUUCUCUUGUUUCAAGUCACAAAAAGCCCAAAAACGAAUUGUACCAGCAUCACGCAUUCCAGAAGGUGGCAAUCUCUCAGCCUCACAACCCAAUGGAACUCACCAACCUGGUGGUGUCUUAACCAACCAAGCUACAGGAGGUGGAGUUCAUUUAUCUUAUUUAGCUCCACCCUCUUCUCCUGCUUCCUUCACAAACUCUGCUCUUCCUUCAACAGCUCAGUCACCAAACAACAACUCCUACUUAUCACUCGCUGCUAACUCACCUGGUGGUCCUUCAUCUAGUAUGUACGCUACAGGACCUUAUGCUCACGAGACUCAACUAGUCUCACCUCCUGUUUUCUCUACAUACACCACUGAGCCAUCCACUGCUCCUUUCACUCCUCCUCCUGAGCUUGCGCAUUUAACUACUCCUUCCUCACCUGAUGUCCCUUACGCUCGUUUCUUGACUUCUUCAAUGGAUCUCAAGAACUCUGGUAAAGGCCAUUACAAUGAUCUUCACUCUACGUACUCUCUUUACCCUGGAAGUCCAGCUAGUGCUCUUAGAUCACCAAUCUCUAGAGCUUCAGGAGACGGGUUGUUGUCUCCCCAAACUGGUGUCUCCACACCUUUGCAGGAGACUAACUUCUUCUGUCCUGAAACUUUCGCUAAGUUUUACCAGGACCAUGAUCCUUCUGUUCCUCAAAACGGUGGAAGGUUAAGCGUGUCUAAGGACUCUGAUGUGUAUCCUGCUAAUGGAUAUAAUGGGAAUGGGAACAGGCAGACGAGGCAAGACAUGGAGGAGUUAGAAGCUUACAGGGCUUCCUUUGGGUUUAGUGCCGAUGAAGUCAUCACAACUAGUCAGUAUGUAGAGAUCAAUGAUGUGAUGGAUGAGUCUUUACUCAAAUCAGCAGCUUACUCACCUAGCGAGGGACAAAAACUUCUUAGAAGAGAAGCUAAUUUACUGAGUCAAACUAGCUCCAAAUCAGAAGCUGAUCUUGAUUCACCAAAAGCAUCAUCAAAUAACUACAAAGGUGAAUUAUUGUCUUUGUUAAUCUCAAAUCACCUUGCUGCAUUGUGUGUUGAGUGUUUCAUUUUCUGUGGCUUAUUAGAUCACAAGCUAAGAAACAGAAUCCAUGCUGAUGAAGAGGCUUUACUAUCAAGAGUGGGAUCUGUGAAAGGCAGCAGAAGCUAUCCCACUGGUUUCUCAAGCUCUGAUGCAGAGGUAGAAUACAGGAGAGGAAGAAGCUUAAGAGAAGGCAGAGAGAACAGAAGAAGGAUAGGCUGAUCAAAGAACAACAAAGCCAGCUAUGUUGUUAAGGUCUUUCAAAGUUUCUAUGCUAACUCUUGAGAUAAGAAUCUAGUUUUUUUAAAUUAUAUAUAGAAUAAUAUGAACAUAUAAUAUAUAUUAAAGAUGGUUUGUAGUAGAAAUGAUGUAAUAUAUAAGCAAGCAAGCAAGGGUGAGAAUAGUGAAUGCUUUUUUUUUUUUAAGUUUGUCAUGGCCUCUUUUUUUUGUAAGACCCAUCUUUCAUCUAAUUGCAGCAAUCUGUUCUUUAGUGUGUCAUCUUCUUCUCUUAAUGUAUUUGUGAUGCUAACUCUUGUGAAUGUUGAUAUUUAUCUAAAGUUUUCUGUUUACUUUUAAAAGCAUUGAAGAGAUCUAUGUAAUUGUGUUGUUGUUUCUAGAAUUUUGCUGGACCGGGUCAAUGGUAUUGGGCCACUUUGAU